UCCUCCCCCCCCCCCCCCCCCUCUCUCCUCUCUCCUCUCUCCCCUCUCCCUAGUUGCAGUUGCAGACUCGUAGUUGAUUAGUGAAGAAAAUGGCGUUAGCCUUCGAUGAAUUCGGUCGGCCGUUUAUCAUAAUAAAGGAGCAAGAGCAGAAGACCAGAUUGAGGGGUUUAGAUGCACAGAAGGCCAACAUUUCGGCCGGUAAGGCCGUCGCUCGCAUACUCCGUACAUCUCUCGGUCCUAAGGGCAUGGACAAAAUACUCCAGAGCCCCGACGGCGAUGUUACCAUCACAAAUGAUGGUGCAACAAUCCUGGAGCAGAUGGACGUUGACAAUCAAAUAGCAAAGCUGAUGGUUGAAUUAUCCCGUAGUCAAGACUAUGAAAUCGGUGAUGGAACAACUGGAGUUGUUGUCAUGGCUGGUGCACUUCUUGAGCAGGCUGAGCACCUGUUAGAGCAUGGUAUUCAUUCUAUUCGGAUUGCUGAGGGCUUUGAGAUGGCUUCAAGAAUAGCUGUUGAGCAUUUGGAGCGUAUUGCUCACAAGCUUGAAUUUGAUGUUGCAAACAUUGAACCUUUGGUCAAGACUUGCAUGACUACCUUAUCCUCAAAAAUUGUGAAUCGGUGCAAGCGCUCCUUAGCUGAAAUUGCUGUUAAAGCAGUUCUUGCUGUUGCUGAUCUGGAGAGGAAGGAUGUUAACUUGGACUUAAUAAAAGUUGAGGGCAAAGUAGGUGGGAAGCUGGAAGACACUGAGCUAGUUUAUGGUAUUGUGGUUGACAAGGAUAUGAGCCAUCCGCAGAUGCCAAAGAGAAUUGAAAAUGCAAAAAUGGCCAUUCUUACUUGCCCCUUUGAGCCACCCAAGCCCAAGACUAAGCAUAAGGUUGACAUUGACACAGUGGAAAAAUUCCAGACCUUACGUCAACAAGAGCAGAAAUACUUUGAUGAUAUGGUUCAGAAAUGCAAGGAUGUUGGUGCUACCCUGGUUAUUUGUCAGUGGGGGUUUGAUGAUGAAGCGAAUCACUUAUUAAUGCACCGGAACUUGCCUGCUGUAAGAUGGGUUGGAGGAGUAGAGUUAGAGUUGAUUGCAAUAGCUACAGGUGGAAGAAUUGUGCCAAGGUUCCAGGAGCUGACACCAGAAAAGCUGGGAAAGGCAGGUUUAGUGAGAGAAAAGUCAUUUGGGACAACUAAAGACCGAAUGCUCUAUAUUGAGCAGUGUGCAAAUUCAAAGGCUGUGACUAUAUUCAUUCGUGGUGGUAACAAAAUGAUUAUAGAGGAGACAAAGCGCAGCCUCCACGAUGCCUUGUGUGUCGUUAGGAAUCUAAUCCGCAAUAACUCUAUCGUAUACGGUGGUGGAUCAGCUGAGAUUUCUUGCUCACUUGCUGUUGAGGCUGCUGCAGACAGAUAUCCUGGAGUGGAACAGUAUGCUAUCAGGGCCUAUGCUGAAGCUUUGGACUCGAUCCCUAUGGCACUUGCCGAGAACAGUGGCCUCCAAUCCAUCGAAACACUAUCUGCUGUGAAAUCUCAACAAAUCAAGGAGAACAACCCAUGUUUUGGGGUAGACUGCAAUGAUGUUGGAACAAACGACAUGUGUGAACAGAAUGUCUUUGAGACUUUGAUUGGAAAGCAGCAGCAGAUCUUGCUGGCCACUCAAGUCGUCAAGAUGAUUCUCAAAAUUGAUGACGUUAUCUCGCCUUCUGAUUACUGAUUUAUCAGCUGAUUGCCAUCUCUUUCCUGAUGGAUUGGUAUUGCUUGUCUCUUACUAUAGUUGAAUCAUUAGGCUGUGGUAAAGCUCUUCUAAUGUCAAGGUCACUUGGAGAGAAUGAGGUAACAGGGCUUGUUUUCAUACUAUUGCUCUUUUCUUUUUCGCAAUUCUGUAUCUGGCAAAACCCUUAAUUUGUGCAUUUGCCUAUUCCAAGUACUGUUCAUAUAAUUUCCAAUGCGUGUACAAAAUGCUCCAAUAUCAAAUGACUAGGUGUAAUUGUUGAUUUCCUGGAUAGCAGUAUCUUGGUGGGGCAUUAUCAAGUGGCUGGUCCUAUUUCUCACCGCAUGCACGGUUCAUAUUUUGCCGUGUCAAAGGCCGGGUUAGAAGUCUAGAAGUCCAGGGCUACAAUUGUUUAAUGUGUUCCAUUCUUUCUCUUUCUGUAUUUAAUGCCUGAGGCAGUUCUUACAACGAGGGAGGUCAGCCUGGUUGGUUGGCUGGUAGCCCAUUAUUGAGUUUUUAGUCUCUUCUUCUUGUAACUGAUAAGCUGUUGCCAAGAGGUCAGCAAGCAGUUUUUUAACUUUUGGAAACAGCCUCUCCGUGAAGUAUGGGGGUUAGGUUGUAUACAUUAUGAGUCUCUCUAGACCCUGCAGUGGUGGGAAUCUCGUGCAUUAGGGAUCACUUAAGCAGGUCUAACUUCUUACUAUACAGUACACAUCCCCGCAGAAGUUGGAAUGAAGUAUGAAAAGGAAAGAAAUAUGUUGGCACAUUCCUUUCCGAUGCUCUCCCAUGAUAAGCGCAUGAAGCAACAUGGCAUCUACAUAUCAUUACAGGGGUUGGGUCCGGCCUUAAUUAUGGUCUCGGUUUUUGAUGUUACCAUACACUUGUUAUAUUUAUUCAAACUUUUUUUUUUUGA